UUGGUCAAUCCAUAGCAAACAUAAAAGGUUUCUGUUGUGACAGAGGUUUGAGAAUGAUCCCAUUUUUAGUUUUGUUGUUUUUGUCUUCCAUUGUUAUAAACAGUGCAACUGAAGGAUUAAAAAGCGUUGAAGAUCUUGAAAUAGAGAGACAACUCAAGAUUCUGAACAAACCCUACAUCAAAAGCAUCAAGACUGCAGAAGGUGAUAUCUUUGAUUGCAUUGAUAUAUAUAAACAACCAGCCUUUGAUCAUCCUUUGCUUAAAAACCAUACCAUUCAGAUGAAACCUAGUUAUUUUCUAGAAAGAGUGAAAGAUAAAACUCUACCACAUGCAGCCAAGACGUUUGCAGUUGGAUUGAGUGAAGGCUGCCCAUUUGGAACUGUUCCCAUCAAGAGGACUCGGAAGGAAGACUUAUUAUGGGCCAAAAUGUUUGUGAAAAAUUCUGUGUCAAACGCUGUCUCUCCUCCAACUCAUUAUGCAACAAGAAAAUUACCAAGCAGUCCAGGCAAAAACUACAAGGGAGCUGCCGCAAUAAUUAAUAUACAAAACCCCCAAGUUAUAGAUAAUCAAUUCAGCCAAGCAUUUAUACAGAUCCGAAGUGGCGAUGAUGUGAUUCAAGUUGGAUGGAUGGUAAAUCCAAAAUUAUAUGGCGAUAAUACUACGCGAACCUUUGGUGCAUGGACGUCAGGGGAAAAUGGUUGUUUCAAUAUGCUCUGCUCAGGUUUUGUGCAAAUGAGUUCAUACAAUCCUCUUAGCUAUGUCCUUGACAAGGUUUCCCGUUACGAAGGGGAACAAUUUAAUGUAAAGUUCUACAUAGUCAAGGAUGUGAGAGAAGGACAUUGGUGGGUUGUACACGAGAAAUUCGAAAUGCCUAUUGGGUAUUGGCCGAAGUCUUUAUUCAGUAGUUUAUCCGGCACAGCAACUGAGUUAACAUGGGGAGGGGGAGUUUACACAGACAACAACAAUGCAGCUAGUCCUCCAAUGGGAAGCGGCCAUUUUGCAAGCGAAGGCUACUCCAGGGCUGCUUUUAUAGAUGAUGUUCAAUUUGCAGAUGAAUCCCACAAUUGGAUAUAUCCUGAUUACAAUUCACUACAAAAUGAGGAAGAUGUUCCAGAAUGUUACACCAUAAAUGCUCUAUCUGAAUCUGGCCAUGGCUUCCUAUUUGGUGGCCCUGGUGGGAAUUGUCAAAACCGAAAAGAAGAAGAAAGAAAAGAAAAAAAAAAAAAAAAAGAUAAACUUAAAGUACGGCAUCUGAUUAUCCCCAAGAUCAUGAUGAUCAUGAAUCAGGUACCCAGCCGCUAUGGAUUAUGCAACCAUGAAAAUAUAGGUUUAAGAAUGACUCCAUUUUUAGUUUUGCUGUCUCUGUCUUUCAUUGUUAUAAGCAGUACUGAAGGAGCAAAAAGUGUUGAAGAUCUUGAAAUAGACAGACAACUCAAGAUUCUGAACAAACCCUACAUCAAAAGCAUCAAGACUGCAGAAGGUGACAUCUUUGAUUGCAUUGAUAUCUAUAAACAACCAGCAUUUGAUCAUCCUUUGCUUAAAAACCAUAGCAUUCAGAUGAAACCUAGUUCUUUCCCAGAAAGAGAAGAUAGAACUCUACCACAUGCAGCCAAGACUUCCGCAGUUGGAUUGAGUGAAGGCUGCCCAUUUGGAACCGUUCCAAUCAAGAGGACUCGGAAGGAAGACUUAAUAUGGGCAAAAAUAGUCGUGAAAAAAUCUGGGGCAGAUGCUGCCCCUCCUCCUACUCAUUAUGCAAGAAGAAACUUACCAAGCAGUCCAGGCAAAAAUUAUAUGGGAGCUGGCGCAAUACUCAAUAUACAAAACCCACAAGUUAUAAAUAAUCAAUUCAGCCAAGCAUUUGUACAGAUCCGAAGUGGCGUUGAUGUGAUUCAAGUCGGAUGGAUGGUAAAUCCAAAACUACAUGGCGAUAAUACUACUCGAACCUUUGGUGCAUGGACGGCAGGUGAAGAUGGUUGUUUCAAUAUGCUCUGUUUGGGUUUUGUGCAAACUAACUCAAAAUUUCCUCUCGGUUAUGUCCUUGAUCCGGCUUCCCACUAUGGAGGAGAACAAUUUUAUGUAAGAUGCAACAUAUUCAAGGAUAGGAAAUCAGGAAAUUGGUGGCUUGCACAUGAUGACUUAAUUUCAGAAGUACCUGUUGGGUAUUGGCCGAACUCCUUAUUUUCAAGUCUAUCCAGCUCAGCUGCUGAGAUAACAUGGGGUGGGGGAGUUUACACAGACAACAAUGCAAUUAGUCCUCCAAUGGGAAGCGGCCAUUUUGCAAACGAAGGCUACUCUAGGGCUGCUUACGUAGAUGAACUUGAGCUUGCAGAUGAAUCCAACAAAUGGAUAUAUCCUGAUUACAAUUCACUGCAAUAUGAUGCAGAUAUCCAAAAAUGUUACACCAUAAAUGCUCUAUUUGAAUCUGACCAUGGUUUCCUAUACGGUGGCCCUGGUGGGAAUUGUCAAGCCUAAUUUAACUUUCAUUUGGAGUUUUUGAAUCUCAGUUAAUUGA